AUGGGGCCCGACCCGGCGCUCGGAGACCACGCGGUGGCCCCGCAGAACCCCCGACGGAAGAGGAGGAGGGAGGACUCCAGGCCGGCGCCACCGAGCCCAGAGUUCAGGAUUCUGGCGGCGAAAUGGCAGUACCGAAUGCCCACAACCGCGCCGCCUGCGGGCGCCGCCGAAGGCCAGGGGCAGUCGGAGGCACCGAGGCCGGCGCCAGCCCCCGAGCCGAGUGCGCCCGAGCCGGGGCCAGCGGACACGGUGGAGGAAACAGGGCCGACGGACGCGGCGGCGGAGGUGGGGCCGGCGGACGCGGCGGCCGAGAAGGGGCCGACGGAUGCGGUGGCCGAGACGGAGACGCAGCCGCCGUCCGAGCGUUCGACGCCGUCCGAGCCUGCCCCGAGCGCUCCGAGCCCGGGGCGGAUGACCGUGCGGCAGUUUUCGGGGACCCAGAGCCAGCCGGAGGAGGCUCGCAGGGGACCCAGCGCCUAG